ACAAAGGGCGGGGGACUUGCUCGGGCAGUAGAUCAGGAGCGGCCCACUUAACAAAAACUAGAAACAAAUUUUCCAGUCCGGACCUGGUGAUCAGAUCUUCCCCUAUUUCCUAGCCUUCAGAAUCCGCAACAAACAUUUACACCGUCACUACUGAUCACUCCCACAUGCGUCACUUCGCUUGCGUCAUAGUCGUGACGUCAGUCUCGCGUGAUCAGCUUUAUGGCGUCUGGAUUGUCCGUAAGACAGGAGACGAGAUGCUUACAGUUGCGGGAGGUAAUCAUUUUUGAGCAUGGAGGCAUGACUGUGACUGGCAUGUGAUAGGGUACCCGCUUCUUCAAGAUGGCUACCACAAUUCUUGGUGUUGGGCCUGGAGUCUUUAUUAUAGCAGUUAUAUGGGUGGUGACGUUAAUGCUCGCAGUGCUUCUGUGCAGAGCUUCUGGAAAAGCUAGGUUUUGGACUGUUGUGGUUUUUACCUUAGCUCUGAUCACUACAUUAAUUCUGGUUUUCUUCCCUCGAGCAAGCCAAACUCCUGCUCCAGCAAAGGAAAUGCAGAUUGUGGAUACUUUUUUCAUUGGACGCUAUUUCCUGAUUUCAAUUAUGAGUGUGAUUUUUCUUGGAUGCCUCUUCUUCGUCUUUGUGUAUCAUAUCUUGGAGCCCGUCUAUGCAAAACCAUUGGGGAUGCACUAACUGGAGCCUCCGAGUUGCUGUCUUAUAAAUGUAGAUUCUUUUUUAAUGAAAUACAAAUUAAAUAUUUUUUUAAUAUUUCAAUAGAAAAAAAGUACUUAUUUUCAAUAAAUGUACUUUAAAAUA